UGCAGACAGAGAAUUAAGAAAAUUUCUGGGGCUUGCAUUCAGUGCUCGUAUGGACGCUGUCCAGCCUCCUUCCAUGUUACUUGUGCCCAUGCUGCAGGAGUGCUUAUGGAACCUGAUGACUGGCCAUAUGUUGUCUACAUCACGUGUUUCAGGCACAAGAUCAACCAAAAUGUGAGAACAAAAGCAUGUGAGAAGGCCAUUACAAUUGGGCAGACAGUCAUCACGAAACACAGGAAUACACGAUAUUACAGUUGCAGAGUCAUAGGAAUCACCUCGCAAGUUUUCUAUGAAGUUAUGUUUGAUGAUGGUUCUUUCAGUCGGGAUACUUUUCCAGAAGACAUUGUGAGCAGAGAUUGCCUAAAACUGGGUCCACCAGCCGAGGGAGAGGUUGUCCAGGUGAAGUGGCCUGAUGGAAAGCUGUACGGUGCAAAGUACCUGGGAACCAACAUAGCUCACAUGUACCAGGUUGAGUUUGAAGAUGGUUCGCAAAUAGCAAUGAAGAGAGAAGAGAUCUACACGCUAGAUGAAGAGCUGCCUAAGAGAGUAAAAGCACGUUUUUCUACAGCCUCUAACAUGAGAUUUGAAGAUACGUUUUAUGGAGCGGAUAUAAUUCAGGGAGAAAAGAAGAGGCAGAGAGUAUUGAGUUCCCGUUUUAAGAAUGAAUAUGUGGAUGACCCGGGAUACCGCAUGUUCCUGAAAAGCUCGUUCCAGAAAAAAUGCCAAAAAGGGCUAUAGAGGAUGCU